GGGAGCCUGUGUCAAGCUCCACCCACGUGGUUCGCAGCUAGCGAAGUCAUACUGUCCGAUCCCGUCUGGUCCUCAAAUUUGAAAUGGAGUCAAUAAGUUGUGGCAGUGAAUCUGAAAGUUUUCACCCUGAUGACAUGGAGGAUGGCAGCAGUAUUAAUAUCAGUGGCAGUUUAAUUGCCAGAGUUGGACUAACUGCAGGAACAGACCACAACGUACCAUGCACCUCCAACCGGGAAGCCUCCUGUGGUAAUAAAAGAGAUGACAUGCUGCAUUCUUGCAGUGUGUGCCACAAAAUAUUCUCAAGGAGUGACAGCUUGAAGAGGCAUUCCCGUCUGCAUGAGCACCCAUACAGCUGUGACAUUUGCAGAAAAACAUUCAAGAACAGAAACAACUUGAAGAUCCAUUCCUGUGUACACAGUGCAGAACUCCCUUACAGUUUUUAUGUUUGCAACAUGACAUUUCACAACAGCAGCAACCUGAGAAGGCAUGUGUUGCUGCAUACAGGUGAAUGUCCACAUAGUUGUAGUGUGUGUCAUAAGGGCUUCACAAACAGUAGUGACCUGAAGAAUCUUUCACAUCUGCACACGCGUGUGCGUCCAUAUAGUUGUGGUGUGUGUCAGAAGGGAUUCAUGAACAGCAGCGACCUGGAGAAUCAUUCUCAUCUCCAUGCAGAUGAACAUCCAUACAGCUGUGACUUUUGCAGCAGGACUUUCAUAUAUGCUAACACGCUAAGGCAUUUGCUGCAGCACAUUGAUGAACGCCCGUAUAGUUGUGAUAUUUGCAACAAGACAUUUACAGAAAGUGGCACCCUGAAGAGGCAUGUGCUGCUGCAUACAGAUGAACGUCCACAUAGUUGUAGUGUGUGUCAUAAAGGCUUAACAAACAGUAGUGACCUGGUGAAGGUCCAUAUAGUUGUGAUGUGUGUCAGAAGAGAUUUAAGACCAGCAGCAACCUGA